UAAGAUUGCCGAGUGCUGAUUGCUGAAGCGGUGAAGCCUCAAGGAUUAGAGAAAGCAACUGAGCACGACGAACCUUAUCCGUUCCAGAAAUCUUCGAGCAGUGGCAAUGGAGGACAAGUCGCCGGCGUUACUGAUCUCUGAAGAUUUAUCCCGGAAAAUAGUCUCUCUCGCCGCCGGUGAAGCGCAUACUAUUGCUCUGACUGGCGACGGAGAUGUUUACUCCUGGGGAAGGGGGAUGUUCGGGCGUCUUGGCACGGGUAUGGAAUCGGACGAGCUUGUUCCAGUUCGAGUCGAGUUCGAAGUCUCAGAUCAAGCGAUCGGAGAUCGGGCUCGAAUCGUUGGUAUUGCUGCUGGUGCGUAUCACAGUCUCGCUUUCUCAGAUGAUGGCUCGGUUUGGUGUUGGGGUUAUAACAUUUAUGGCCAACUAGGUUUUGAUGGGGAGAAUUCCUUGGCACCACGCUUGAUUAAAAAUUUCUUAGAACAAGAAGCAUCUAGUUCUUCACUCAAUGAUUCAGGUAGAGAAGCUAGAUCAGAUUUAAAGGUUUGUGCUGUCAAGGCUGGAUCCAUGAUGUCGCUUGCCAUUGAUAAUCUCGGGGGUCUGUGGAUGUGGGGGAAUGUUCCACCUCAAAACGGGGAACCUGAGCCUCGGUUGUCUUUUACAAGCAUCCCGAUUCCAUUUCCUGUACCCGAGUUCCAUGGCCAGACUGUUUUGAAGGUAGCAUGUGGGGAUGAACAUGUUGUUGCCCUUGUUGGUCCCAAGGUGAUUAAUAAAGACAAUGGUUAUGAUGAUUAUGUGUUGUAUUCUUGGGGCAAUAAUCAUCAUGGCCAGUUAGGGCUUGGGGAUAAAGAAAGCCGUGCAAGGCCUCAUAUUGUCGAGACAUUUAACCAGAACUCUGGUCUUACAGUCUACGACAUAGCUUGCGGUGCUCAUCACACAGCUCUCCUCACCUACAGAAAGGAAACACCAAAAGGACCAAGCAUUUGCUGGACAUUCGGUUUUGGAGAAAAUGGUCAACUAGGUCACGGAAGUACCAAGAGCUCAUCGAUUCCAGUGCCAGUUUCAGAGCUCUCGGAACACGCUUACUUAGUUUCUGUAGACUGUGGGUUGUUCCACACAAGCGUGGUGUCAUCUGAGGGAUACGUGUGGUCGUGGGGAAUGGAGAGAGGACUAGGGUUAUGCCCUGAUGUGAAUUUCGCUGAAGUGGAAGCAGGAGACGACAGUGUACCAAGAAAGAUUUCAGGCGUGUCAAGAUUUCGUGACCCGGUUCAGGUUUCUUGCGGAGCUGCACAUACAGUUCUUGUGGCAAAUGGUGGUUACAAGCUGUGGUCUUGGGGAAGAGGAAGAAAUGGAGUGCUCGGGACCGGGAAUGUUAUGGACAGUUAUGUUCCUACUCUCGUCUUCUGGCCGAAUGAGCUGAAACCGGACAAUGAACAAGUACCUGAACCUGAUGCUGGCAAAAGUUCAUCAACGGAGGAGAUUAAACGGCUUGAAUCAAAGCUAAUGGUGAUGGAAAGAUAUGCAAGCAUACUUCAUGGAUCCAUAUUUGGAAAACCUUUUAAUGAAGAGGAAGAUAUCCCGUAUUCAUUACGGGUUUCUGGGUAUUUCGAUAUGGGAAAAGAGUGGGGAGAGAUGCUGGAGAGUGCAGAUAAGAGUCAGCUUAUGAGGCUUCAAGCUUUCUAUGAAGACAUGAUUGGUAGGGUUAAGGACAAGGUGUUGCAGAGAAGGAUUCAGGAGAUUAUGAAAGAUUGUCUUCAAUCUUCAGCAUCUAAACACUAAUAGUAUCACCUGUUGUGUGCUAAUAGCCUAAUACCUUCUUCAAGAAGCAGAGAACAUAUGUACGUAAAAAUCAUUUCGUAUAAUUUACUAGAAUUUGUUGAUUAUGGAAUGAAUUUUCAGCAAA